GCACCAUUACGAGUGGCUGUGAUUGGAGCCGGGCCGUCAGGGUUGAUUGCUGCCCGCAUGCUUGCCUCACGACCGCAAGAUUUCGACUUCGAGGUUUACGAACGUGGAGAUAACAUCGGAGGUACGUGGGUGUACACGGAGAGGACAGGGCUGACUGAAGAUGGCUUCCCAGUACACUCAAGUAUGUACAAGAACCUUAUCACCAACGUACCUACGGAUGUGAUGGAAUUCCCUGACUUUCCCUUCCCUUCGGAUUUGAAAAAAUUUAUACAUUGGAAAGAGGUUCAAGACUACAUUUUUGCCUACGCCGACCACUUCAACCUUCGAAAAGAUAUCCAACUAAAUACAGAUGUAACGUCUGUAAAACGCAUCACCUCAAACCCUCUUCGACCAGGAGAUGCCCACCAAUCUCCCAACAGACCGCAGUGGUUGGUGCGCACGACUGCCCUUCAGGGAGGAGGCAGCAAGGAGAAGGUGUUUGAUGCUGUAUUAGUCUGCUGUGGACACUAUAGUGUCCCUCACUAUCCAGACAUUCCUGGUCAGGAGAGCUUCAGCGGGGUACAGCUGCACAGCCACGAUUACCGCCAUCCAGAACCUUAUGCCGGCAAGCGAGUACUCCUGAUGGGAGCACUUACGUCUGCAUUUCAUAUCAUGAAAGAUCUCUACCCUCACGCAUCCGAGGUGAUCAUAUCACUCAGCGAACUAGACGGUCUAGGCCUAGGUAAACAGUACAAGAACGGGCUGCUACCACACAACGUGAGAACAACGACAUUCGCGCAAGCGAUCAACGGUAGCAUGGUGACGUUCACCGACGGUGAGAAAUUCGAACCAGACGUGAUUAUUUUCUGCACCGGCUACGAGUAUUCGUUCCCAUUCCUCGACGCCUCGUGCGAUGUCACUGUCACCAAUGGCUGCCGCAUACAACCGUUAUUUAAGCACAUGAUCCACAGCAGGUACCACACGCUCACGUUUAUCGGCAUGCCGUUUGCAGGCUUCGAAUUCUCACUCGCGUACCUCCAGGUUCCGAUUGCGCUUAUGAUCCUUGAUGGGUCACUGGCGCUCCCUAGCGAGCAAGAUAUGAACCAGGACACAGAAGCUGACUACCGCGAUCGGUUAGCUAGCGGACAGAAACCCCGCCACGCCCACAGGUUCGUAUUUACUCCCCGUUGGGCUCCGAGUUCAUACUGCGAUGACAUUGCUAAUUUUGCAGACAUCGAGAACAUUAUGGAAUCAAAAUAUCGAUUCAUUAACGCUGCCUUUGAUGGAAUGCGUGAAAAUAUUAUGAAGUAUAGGGAGUAUGACUACCUCGACCCUGAACCGGAGCAGUAAUGUCAACUACAUGAGUACGCAAAGUUUUGUAUACAAUGCGUAACCUUGUUAUAUA